AUCCAGUGUGAAAUUUGUUGGAUUCCCCGCGAAAAACAAUGAAGGUUUCCCGCGGAGUGAAAUGCAAAGGUCCGGUGAGAUGACCAAACUACAAACUGACCGCUAAAAAUUUUGAAAAUUCCCGCCGUUUCAUUCUUCAAUCUCCUUUUUCUUCUUUACCCAGAAACUCGUCUUUCAUUUAGAUCUCUAAUCUCUGCUACUCGCUAUUUUCAUCUCUAUCUCUCUCGCUUUCUUACGCAUAUGCUUCCCGAUUGAAGAAAUGGGGAAGCAAAACAAAUCGAAAACCACCCAGUCGUUCGGAAAGGGAAAAGUGACGCCGAUGCAAAUUGCAUUCAUCGUGGAUCGGUAUCUCAUUGACAACAACUUCCCUGAAACUCGCUCUGUCUUCAGGAAUGAGGCCUCUUCUCUCAUCUCCAAAUCUCCAGUUCAAGAGGCACCCAAGAGUUUGUUGAGUUUGGGGGCGAUGUUGAACGAGUAUAUCUCCUUGAAGGAGCAGAAAGUGAUGGUGGAUCAGGAAAGGGUCCGUUUGGAGCAAGAAAGAUUCAGGGUCCAGACCCUUCUGCAGGGCAUGCAAGAUGUAAUGAAUACUUAUAAUGCUAGUGGAAGUGCACCAGCACCUAUGAUCCAGACCUCUACAGCAAGGCCUGCGGAUAUGGUUCCUCAACUAGGGCUCAGUGGUGGAUCUGUAGCAGGCUGUCCUAUGUACACAUCGCCAACUGUUAUGCCAGUCUCUAUGCCCUCCAAUGUCAAUAAGGAGCGUGGUAAUCUAUCUUCCUCUGUCACAAAUUGCCCAUUAACGAGGAAGAGAUCAGGCUCAAAUUUUGCUGUAGAAGCCCCUCCAGUUGUUAAGAAAUCUCGGGGCAAGUUACCAUCCAGGAAAACACCAAAUAAAGGUACAUAUAAUCAAUCUGAUAAUGCAGCAACUACUCAAGAAACUGCUCAACUUGAUAAUGCAGCCACUACAAAAGAAGCAACUUGUUCAUCUGUGACUGGGUCAUCAACUCAUAACCGCACAACUAGUGGUCCGGUAGUUCAUGGAUCUACUGUUGCAAAGAGUUUGUUUAAUCAACCUUCGUUUUCCUCCCCAGCUCAUUCAACUGGCCCCAAAACACCACCACAAGCAAUUUCCUUUCACAAUGAUAAAUCUGUAUCUCCAGUUGGUAUCUCUUCCAAUGCUCACGGCAAUAACAACAAUACUCCUCAGGAGACUCCUACAAAUUGCACCGUGAUUACGUCAGAAAGAGUGAUUGUGAGCCCGUGCAAACAUGUGGCAUACACCAUGGAGAGAAACCAUUGCAUUUCUUCAUCCUCACCAGUCAAGACAACCUUCAAGAGGUUGAGUAUGAGGGAAAAUGUCAAAGGAAGGCUCGAUUUUGAUGGUUCUGAUGUGACUGCCAACUUGGAUAAACCAAUUGUUGAUGAGAUCUCAACGUCUGAGUCUGACAAGGAAGGAGAUAUUUUUGACAUUGAUUUGCCUAAUUUAGAUGCAUUUGGAGCUAACUUCUUCUCGGAAUUGUUAGUUGAUCUGGAUCUUGGCUUUGAAGGGAUAGGUUGUCCUUGCCAGCCACUCUUGGGUCCUCCUGCAGACACUGUUUCUGGGUCCUCGCAUGAAUCCAGGGAUGGUCGUUUGGUUGUUGAUCAAGUCACGUCAGAAUUUUCCUCAACUGUGACUGAGGUGAUCUCAGGAAAAGAUGUGAACAUUCAAGGUCCUGAUACUGUUACUGCUGUGAAGUCUAUAAGAAAGUGCAUCAUCUUAAGCCCUGCAAAAACCCAUAGUUCUAUGGAACAAGAGAAUCAUACGGACAGAAACUAAGAAGUUUGAAGAUUCUGGUGACACUUAACCUGACCUGGUACCAGUACAGAACUUACAGAAAGACUCUUAAUUAACCCAACAAUUUUCAAAUCCUGUAUUUGUCUUUCAUUUAGUAUCUGAUCAAUCAUUUGUGUCUUAGGUCACACUUCUAAGGUCCUAAAUUAUACCCACAAAAGCUGGGUAAGAUAACAUACGGUACACUUUCAGCACCCCAAGUAUAACAGCCUGGUUCAGCAGUGUUCCUUGUACAUUGAUUUUAAAUUUCAAAUGUUAAACUGGUAGUUAUUCUUAUCAACAUGGAGGAUUCAAAUUGUUUAUUCAA